GUCACUAUUUAAUCCGAGCUGAACUGUCUGUCUGUCGGAAAAUCAAAAGUGCUCUUGAAACGAAGAUGAAAAUUUUUCAAGUUUCUCUACUGUUAUGGCUUAGUGUUUACUGUAAUGCAGCACCCUCCCUAAGGUCGUUUGAAAACACACCGGAGAACGUUGCUCGAUUGCGAAAUCUUCAACCGGAUGAUUUGGCGGAAGAGUUAAGUGGCCAAUUCGAAGGUGAUAUGAUUCUCACCGAGCAGCAGUACUCGGAAGUAACUCGCAAGAAUGGGAUGAUUGUGGAAAAGUACCGUUGGCCGAUGAACAUAGCUUUCUACGAAAUCGAAGAGGAAUGGUUUGAUCAGGAUCAGAUCAGUUACAUCCAUAUGGCGAUGCGUUUGAUAGAAACGUCAACUUGUGUCAGAUUUCAACCUCGAAAUCCAGAUAAUCCGGACUAUAUACGAAUCCAUGGCAAUGCAUCGGGAUGUUCGGCAACCGUUGGACAUAUUGGCGGAAGUCAAACCGUUAAGCUUCAACCGUAUCCAUUGGACAAAGGUUGUUUCAAGCUGGGAAGUAUUGUUCACGAAUUCAUACACGCUCUUGGAUUCCGGCAUAUGCAGAGCACCUUCAACCGGGACGAGUAUGUUGAAAUUGUGUGGGACAACAUUCAGGCAGGUAAGGAACAUAAUUUCUUACUGUAUGCAUCCGAUCAGGUGGGAAACUAUGGUGCGGAAUAUGACUACGGAAGCGUAAUGCACUACAGCUCAACGGCAUUCAGCGAGAACGGAGAAAAAACCAUCGUUCCACUGAAGGACACCAACGAGAAAAUGGGCCAACGCGACGGAAUGAGCGAAAAAGAUAUUUUCAAAAUAAAUAGCAUGUAUGACUGCUUUUCCAAAGAUUGAAAUAAUACCCGCCAGAAAUAUUUACUUAUACAGUCGUGAUUCGCUGGUUGGACACUUUUUAACUGAGCCGCUUUUUAGUUGGACCAUUGUCCAACUAAAAAGCAACUGAAUGUCAAAAUCUUAUGUCAAAUUAACUUUGACAAUCAAUGUGACAAU